CCAGCCUCCAGCAGUAGAUGGCGCCGCCGCCCAGCCCGCUCCGCAGCACUGAGACAGCUGAGUCACACACACAUUCAGACCCACGUAAACAGACACUGUGCGAGAAAGAGCGGCUUCAGUCGGGAAAUUACCGUGAAAACAGUGAACCCGGACCCAAGCUCCCUCUGACAGCGCGUUGAAAGAUGCUGACGAUAACACUGAAGACCCUCCAACAGCAGACCUUUCAAAUAGAAAUAGAAGCAGAAUUGACGGUGAAAGCCCUGAAGGAGAAAAUAGAGGAGGACAGAGGAAAAGAUGCGUUUCCUGCUGCGGGACAGAAACUCAUCUAUGCAGGCAAAAUCUUAAAUGAUGAUACCCCACUGAAGGAGUACAAAAUUGACGAGAAAAACUUUGUGGUUGUCAUGGUUACCAAGCCUAAAGCAGUCCCUUCUCCACAAGCCGCCUCUCAGCCGACUCCCCAGCCAGCUCCGGCUCCACAUUCAGCCCCAGGCCCAACACAAGUGCCCUCCACACCGACACAUACAGUGUCUGAACCCACACCUGCCCCACAGUCAGUGCCUUCCUCUGAGUUCCCGCCCCCAGCCCCAGAAAACAGCCAAUCUGCUUCUGUUGAAGCAACAGCAGUUCGGGAUUUAGGCACAGUCCCAGACUCAGCUCCAGCCUCAGCUCCAGCUACCAUUCCAGCCUCCGCCCCGGCUCUUGUUCUUGAAGCUGGUCAGACGGCGCCGGCCUCUGCCCCUGCAGACUGCCCCACCCCCGCUGCCCAGCCACAAGAGAAGCCAAGGGAAGACCCAGAGAGUCAGCCAUCUUCCACUGCACCAGUCCACUCCUCUGCUGCCAGCCUUGUUGAUGAACUGGGUCUCCUUGAAGAAGCAGCAUCAAUACUGGUGACAGGUCCAGCCUAUGAGAAUCUGGUGUCAGAGAUUGUGUCAAUGGGUUAUGACCGGGAGCAGGUUGUUGCUGCACUCAGAGCCAGUUAUAACAACCCAGACCGAGCAGUGGAAUAUCUACUCAUGGGUAUUCCUGCAGAGGCCAGUGAUCUUCCACCUCAGGAGCCUGUUGGACACACUACUGCACAACAACCACGGCAGCCCCCAACAGCCUCAAACAGUCCAGUGUCUGGCAGCCAGCCUCCCUCUGCUGGUGGAGGCUCUGUCUCUACAGGGAACCCUCUGGAGUUCCUGAGGAACCAGCCUCAGUUCCAGCAGAUGAGACAGAUCAUCCAGCAGAACCCAUCCCUCCUCCCAGCUCUGCUACAGCAGCUAGGAAGAGACAACCCACAGCUGCUGCAGCAAAUCACGCAGCACCAGGAGCGCUUUGUGCAGAUGCUGAAUGAGCCACGAGUUGGAGAUACUGGAGGGGAAGGGGCCGAGGCCCAGGGGUCACCACCCACCAACUACAUCCAGGUUACCCCACAGGAGAAGGAGGCUAUUGAGAGGUUGAAAGCGCUGGGUUUCCCUGAAGGCUUAGUCAUCCAGGCUUACUUUGCCUGUGAGAAGAAUGAGAAUCUGGCUGCUAACUUCUUACUACAGCAAACGUGGGAUGAUGAGUAGCCAAACAUGAGCUGAGACAUCACCGUUCAGCAGGGCCGCAGAGUGGAUGAUGGCGCUCUCCACGGUCCACCAGGGGCGAACAAGGAGACAAGAGGAAGUGGACAUUUGUUUUCAUGCCAUGUGACUUUGGUCUGACAGUGGUGAUUAUGAUGAAGACAUGCCGUUUGUGCUGCCUACUUUACAUUCUGCUGUGUUGAUCAUCAUAGGAGCUCACACUGAGCCGCGCCUCAAUGCUGCUACAUCAUAACUGCUGCCGCUUGUGCUGAGUGAUGUGCUGAGAGAAGUCAUGGCAGAAAAAAUACCGACAGUCUGCAUCACCUUCAGGCCAGCACAGGCUGCCUUUCCAACAUAUGUUAGACUUCUGUACGUGUACAGUGUAGAUUCACCUCACAGUGUAUCUGUAGUGAAUAUAUACAGAACAAAAACACAUUUUCAAUACGUUGGAUUUAAAUGUGAUGCAAACUGUUGACUUCACUGUUUGAGAGCUAGCAUUGCUUUAUGUUAAAAUGCAGGUCUGAUCAUUUAAUUUAUUCUGCUUCUUUUAACAUGGAAAAAAAACAACUUGAACACUAUGAAUAUCUCUAACCCUAUGAGUACAAAUAGCUCAACUGGAUUCCUCCGGUGCUGUUUCGAUCUUUCAUUGAUAGUUUUGUCCAUGGAAAAUGAAAUGUGCAUGGUGACUCAAUAGCUGCAGAAGUAUUUGAGAGUCAGCCAGAAAAACGAAAAUUAGAUGAAUGCUAGGAAUGACAACAAUGUCAAAUACUCAGUGUUAAAAUAUGGGGAAAAUAACAGACAAAAUUUGACUUGUAAGACAGCAAGUGAAUGUUAAGAUUUUCAAAAUUGUAACUUUGCUUAUUAUUGCAAAAUGUUGUUUCAGUAUCUCAUUAUUUGAUGUUUUAGUUGAAAUUUUAAGUUUGUGAUAUUAUGUUCAGUAAAUCAGUAUUUAC